AUGGUCAACAUGUCCACGGCUGUAGCACAUGCACCGACUGCUAUGGUGUCGGGACUUUCAGCCUAUGGCAGCAGCAAGCUUGCCGCCUUGAGGAUUUUCGACUUCCUGCAAGACGAGCAUCCGGAAAUGCGCAUUGUUAGUCUUCAUCCGGGUAUCAUCAUGAGUGAUUUGAACGCGAAGCAUGCACCCGGUAUCAUCCUGAGGGAACUAGCAGCCUCUUUCGUAGUCCGGCUGAGCGGUCCGCAGGCUAAAUCCCCCAAGAGCGAACUCGCAUGGCCGGACUGGGAUGUCGACGAACUGAAGGCCAAAGCUGCUGGGGUUCAGAAUUCUCCACAGUUCACUACGGGUCUGACGGGCUGGCCGAGCAUGUCGUGGUGCUGUGCACGCGGGGCAUGGCGAUGA